AUGUCUACCCAACCCCAGACCAAGACUUCCGAGUUCUACGCCGAUGCCGUUCUCUUCGACAUGGAUGGUACCCUCACCGACUCGAUACAGGCUGUCGAGGCUGCGUGGGGCAAGGUUGCCAAGGACAUUGGCCACGACCCCGCCUACGUGAUUGCUGCGACGCACGGCAAGCGUGCUGUCGAUAACCUUGCUCACUUCAAGCCCGAUAUCAAGGAGCACGAGAUGGACGACGAGGUUGCCAACUUCGAGGAGACCAUUCUCUACUACGCCGACGCGUACAACCGCCAUGGUCCUGGUUCUCGCCGCAACUCCACCGUUGGCAGCCCCAUCUCUGGCGCACAAUCGCCCAUGCGCCUUGCCUCCUCUGGCGAUGGAACCCCCGCACUUACUCCCUCCUCAUCAACACCCUCUUCCCGCGCCGGCUCGUUCUCCGUCCCGUCCAUGAUCGCCGGUGGCCUCCGCCGCCCGUCUUUCCUCUCGCGCCUCAGCACCAUGCUCAACAUGACCACUAUGACGCGUGAGCAGUCCGUAUUCGAGGAGCCGGAGAGCACCGAGGAGGAGUUUGAGAUCGACCCUGCCGUCCGCGACUCGCUCGAGGCGUGGCAGAUUGAGGCGACCGCCGUCGACCGCUCCGUGCAGAUCCUGCCGGGCGUCAAGAGGAUGAUCGACUCGAUCCCAGAGGGCCGCUAUGCGGUCGCCACCUCCGGUGCGAAGACGUACGCCUACGGCUGCAUGACUCGCGUCGGUAUCACCCCUCCCCCCGUCACCAUCACCGCCGACGACAAGCGCCUCAAGGCCGGCAAGCCCGCGCCCGACCCAUUCCUCCUCGCCGCCGAGUGCCUCGGCUUCGACCCGAAGAAGUGCGUCGUCUUCGAGGACUCACCCUCGGGCAUCAAGGCUGGUGUUGCCUCCGGCGCGACUGUCAUCGCGCUCUGCACCUCGCACGACAGGAGCAAGAUUGAGAACUGCGGCGCUCACUUCAUCGUGGAGAACAUGGAGAAGGUGAAGUGCGAGCCAGUCGGUGAGGGCAAGGACAUGCGCCUCAAGUUCACCGUCGAGCAUUAAGUCUUCUUACGCCGUACGCACUUUGCAAAAGGCGUCUGGACGCCGGAUUACCCUCCCACGAUAUAGAACAUACCCUCGUCCUGCAUGCAUUCCCC